GUCUGUUACUCCGACCUAGGAUGCUUCGAAGCUUCGGGACCCUUCGGCUACCUGGACACCCUUCCGGCAAAACCCGAUGAGAUCAACACGAAAUUUCUGAUGUACCCAGGUAGACGGAGAAGGAAGAGUGGUUCGCCUCCCGCAGAAGUGCCCUUUGAAAAGAUGACCGAAGCCUUUGAAUGGGCCAAGCAGGGUUUUAACAGCAGCCUGCAUACGAAGGUGCUUAUCCAUGGCUUUGGGAGUGACUGCAGCUAUAUUUGGGUGUAUGAAAUCAGAAGUGCCCUCAUGGCGGUUGAAGAAGUGAAUAUCAUAUGCGUCGAUUGGAGUGAUGGGGCCACACUUCCAAACUAUGUGAAAGCUUCAGCCAACACCAGAUUAGUGGGCAAACAACUGUCUCUACUCCUCAGAGGUUUGGUUGAGAAAAACGGCUUAUCCUUGAAGAAAACUCAUCUCAUCGGCUUCAGUUUGGGUGCACACAUUGCUGCUUUUGCAGGAGCCGAUUUGGGAAAUUUGAGUAGAAUAACAGGGUUAGAUCCAGCAGGCCCCUUGUUCGAAUCUCAAGACCCCAGGGCUCGUUUGGAUCAAACGGAUGCAGAUUUCGUUGACGUCAUCCACAGCAACGGCGAGAAUCUGAUCCUAGGCGGCUUGGGAUCUUCUCAACCAAUGGGUCACGUUGACUUUUAUCCUAACGGAGGGAGAAUGCAAAAAGGAUGCAGUCAUUUGUUUGUUGGUGCUGUUAGUGAUAUCAUUUGGUCAUCGCCAGUUGAAGGUCGUUCCUUAUGCAACCAUAGACGCGCAUACAAGUUCUUCAUAGACUCAGUAUCUCCAAGAUGCCAUUUUCCAGCCUUCCCUUGCGAUUCCUACGAGGAGUUUCUUGAUGGAAAAUGUUUUCCAUGUACUGAUGAACGGAAAUGCGGGAAUAUGGGUUAUUAUGCGGACAGAUCCAAAGGACGAGGACAACUCUACCUCAUCACCAGAGAUGAGGAGCCUUUCUGUGCGCAUCAAUACCAUGUGAAACUUGAAACCACCUCCAGCCCUAUCCCAGUGAAAAGCUACGGAAAAAUUCAAAUAACGCUCAUCGGAGAGAAUGGCUUGAACGAAACUUUCACUAUGACCAGGAAAGACGAUGAAGAAAUGAAACUGGGCCAAUCAAUAUCGAGGAUUCUAGUUCCUCACCCUAUUCUUUCCCAGCUCACCAAAGUGGAAAUCCUCUAUACAGCCUACAGUGGGUGGCUUUCUUCUGGUCUAACCCAGUGGAAAAUGGAUAAGGUCACGUUGAUGGAUAGUUUCGGUAAAACGUCUUCCGUAUGCAAGAAAAACCUCAUACUUGAGUCUGGUACUCCAGUAAUACUUCCUCUGUAUCCAGGAGAAUGUAACUUACCAAAAAACACCGACGAUGAAGCAGAGGAUAGGAUCGAGAACGCAGAUGACACAAAGCCGUUCAACUUCACCGACAAGAAACCCGAAUUCAUCCCAACACAAGUCGUCAGAGUAGGCUUGGAAGAUAAAUAUCUCAAGUUAGACCAAUCUGUCGCGUCGUCCGAGCCUAUAGAUUUCUAUAACUUGCCAUGGACGGACGAGAAGGAGAACGACCUGAUAGAUGAGGCAGAAUCUAGUCGCGCAUUCAAUACGAGGGUAACCAAACCAGGGCGUUUCGAUGAAGCCGAUAAAAAUGGACUCUUGAGAGAAAUUGUUGAACCGAUUCUGAAGCCGCAGUCUAGUAAAAACGCGCGAUCACACGACCCCGAUAAGGAGAAGCCGGAGAUAACCGAGCCUAUCUUGGGACCGACCACUACGAAAAAUUUAUCGAAGCUGACAAAGACUCUCGAGAUUGAACUCAAAUCAAAAGAUGGUCAAACCAGCAAAGACCCUAAGUUAGCGUUCUACGAUGCCUCAGACUCGAUAGACUGGGUUCCUAAAGACUUCUCAGCCAAACCGAAACUUGAGACCAAGCGAAAACGUGAGGACGAGUCAAGAAUAUUGAACGUUGUUAGCCACUCCAACCGCAACGACCCUAUUGAAACAAUCGCUACAACUGUACAAUUUUUGCCGAAAAGAAUAGCUAGGAUGUUUGAGGAAGCUGAGAAGUAUGCUAGAGAAAACCUGUUUCCGCUAGUGAGUACGUACACUCCGAGGUUCAUCUCUGACAUCAUCGUUCCCAAGCCAUCGAAGCCCAAGUACAUACCUCUGAAGUACAAAGAAGACACCAAUAAGGAAUCCACUUCUGCUAAACCUGAAAAGGUAGCAGAGAAAGGUAGGGAAAUGGGACAUCCUUCUCCAGUCUUGCCUGAAUCUGCGAAAAACGAUGUAACCACUCCCUUCACAUUCAUUCAGAAAAUCAAAAGGAGGGGAGACAAGACUCAGGAGGAUCUAUUGGUACCUGUCACGAAAGUAAUUGCUCAAUAUAAGCAGGAGGAAAAUGGGUUGCAGGCAACUACUCCAACACCUAAACAAGUGACUAGGAAGGCUAGGGAUGAUUUGAAUGUUAGUGGUGUCAGUAAGAAAGUUGACAGUUUUUCGGAUCACGUCGCUAAUUCUAGCAGACCAGAUCCUAGAGCCAUUUAUAUAGACUUACCCGUUUUCGAAAAAGAUGCGAACAAAAUCAAGUAUAUUCCUUUGUUGAAUUGAUUCGGGCUUUCGAGUGAGAUUAAUUAUUCGUAUAUGACAGAACUUGUAUAUAUUUGUUAUUUUUAUACUGAAUAAAAAUUAUUAACGUU